UCUCGCUGAAAAGUCGGACAUCGGCUGCGCAUCGCCAGCUAAGAAAAAGUAAUUAUUAUUAAUUUGUGUGCUGAAAAAGUAUAUUACAUAUAAAUAUAUUCAGGAUAAAGUACACACACAAACAAGUAGAUACAGAAAAUUCUAUUGAUUUCUACGCUUGUCCAAGAUGGCGGACGACGAGCAAUUCAGUUUGUGUUGGAACAAUUUCAACACAAAUCUGUCCGCUGGAUUCCACGAGUCGCUAUGUCGUGGGGAUCUGGUGGAUGUAUCUCUUGCAGCGGAGGGGCAUAUUGUAAAGGCUCAUCGUUUGGUUCUCUCAGUAUGCUCGCCCUUUUUCCGCAAAAUGUUUACGCAAAUGCCGUCGAAUACACACGCCAUUGUCUUUUUAAAUAAUGUUAGCCAUUCGGCAUUGAAGGACCUUAUUCAAUUUAUGUAUUGUGGUGAGGUGAACGUUAAACAGGAUGCCCUCCCAGCGUUUAUAAGCACAGCAGAGUCGUUGCAAAUAAAGGGGUUGACAGAUAAUGAUCCAGCACCACAGCCCCCACAAGAGCCCACACCCCCACCAGCAGCACCACAGGUACAACAACAACAACAGCAGCAGCAACAACAACAGGUUCCAACUCAACGCGUGCAGCGCCAACAACAGCGUGCAUCGGCUCGUUAUAAGAUUGAGACUGUGGACGAUGUGUUGGGCGACGAUAAGGGCACAACACAAAUCGUAAUACAGACAACCGCCGUACCCCAAGCUACCAUUGUGCAGCAACAGCCACAGCACAUACAAGCGCAGCAUCUGCAAACCGGAACCACCACAACAACCGCCACAUUGGUAUCCACAAACAAGCGUUCUGCCCGUGGGGGUAGCAUGGUUGGCAGCGGGACCGUAAAACGCUCCAAGACCAGUACCGCCAAUGUAAUUGAUUCUAUGGACACGGCAACGGAAACUGCUACCACGGCCACAACGCAACUUGCCCCUCAACAAAUCACCGUGCAGACUACUGUUGUAUCGGCAGACACAAAAGUCCAUCAGGGCCGCCAAGCACAGCAGCAGCAAGCCACCGCCCAAGAAGAAGAAUACAUUGAACUGCCCAUGGACAUGCCCACGAAAUCAGAGCCUGACUAUAGUGAAGAACAUGGCGAUGUUGCCGUUGAUGGCGAUACAUCCUAUGUUGAGGACGAUACCUACGGAGACAUGCGAUACGAUGACAGCUACUUCACCGAAAAUGAGGAUCAGGCAGGCGCACAAACAGCAGCUACUGCAAGUGGCAGUGUAGCAGCAACGACAUCAAAGGCCGUGGUCAAGCAGCAGCAGUCACAAAGCUACAGUGAUUCAUCGUUUGUCGACACCGGCGGCGAGCAAGGCAACACAGAGGCUCAAGCCCAGCAUGGUCAGUUUAUAAUGAAACUGCCCAAUAUGGUGUGGAUAGACAAGUAUGAUUACUUCUUUAUGCGCAACCAGAAACAAGGGUACAAUCUCAUAUUCAAUGGCUACAUGUACAAAAAGGAGGCCAGCUUUCGCUCAACCGUUAACUGGAUUUGCUCGGACGGCAACGGCAAACGUCUGACAGAAAACAAAUGUUCCGCGCGUGCCAUAACCAAGUACAAGGGCGGCAUUAAGCUAGGAAAGAAUCCACAUAAUCAUCCGCCGCGUUUUAGCGGACACAAUAUGCCGCCCAAGCUCAUGACCAAGGAUGAAGUUUUAUAGCAUAUAAACACACAUUGAUACACAUAAAAGCUUUGUCAUUCUUAAUUUAUUAAAUUAAUUUUCAUCAACCAAAAUUCGUGUGCCGUAGUUAAAUUAGAUAUGCUCAAUCAUUAUCCUAAGCUCAUAUUACACACAUCAUGUCACACUCUCAUACAUGUAUAUAAUUAUUAUACCACUCAACAGCGGUUAAACUCAAGCGCACCAGAAGUGGAGAAUUUCUAUUGAUUGAUAAACGCUCCUACAAGAAAACACGCGCAAUGCAGUAUCGCACCUAUUAUCAUUGCCAGACACCCAAUUGUCGCGUUUACUAUGUGCUCGUAGAACUGAGCAGCCGACCGCGUCUGACCAAGCAUCAUCAACAUGCUAUACAUUGCUCUCACCAACAGUUCAAAUGCAAAGAAUAACCAAUAAAACAAGCAACUCAAUUUGUGUGCAAAACAAACGAACAAAAUGAUAAUGUCAAGUGUUUUAUUUACGCGGAGAGAUAGAUAGAGAGAGAGAGGGAGUGCACUUAAAGCUAGUC